AUGGCUUUGUGUUUGGGGAAAUAUUGUCCCAUGAAUUUGAUUGAGUUUUUUGAAGUCUACAGGAAAGUAGAUGAGGGCAUUGUGGUAGCUGUUGUUUAUGUGGACUAUAGCAAGGCCUUUGACAAGAUUCGUAGGAAGCAACUGCUCAGUUCAAAGGAAUUAUUCAUGAAAUCCCCAGAGGUGCAGGCAGCUGAAAAUGAUGUUCCAAUGGAAUUCUGUGCAAACCAGGAGAGGUCUCUGUCAGAAAUUGCUGAUUCGACUCAAGAUGUACACGCUUCCAUAGCACAGAUUGGACUAAAAUCUAUGAAUGUUGACCCAGAAAAGACUAUUAAUGACACACCACAUAUUCUUCCACGAACACCUGAACAGGUUGAGCCAGGACAAAAAGAAUUUGGAAUGAAUUCUAACUUAACCACUGGGAAAACACCAUUAAAGUCUCCUGGGUUUUGUUUCCUGAAUACUUCUACACCCAAAUCCACUGAAUUUAAUUUAUUUGGAAGAACAGCGUUUGACCUAAGCAACACCCCAGAGCAGAUGACUGACAAUCAAAUGUCUUCGGGUCAGUUUGAGUUUUCAAGUUUGUUCUUCAAGAAAACGUCUGAAAAGGGCUAUUCCUCUAACAUAACAAGCAAUCUUCCAUCAUCACAGAAAGAUAUUGGAAUGGACAGUCCAUCAAAUGAUCAGCCAUUCACAUUUUCUUUCCAAUCUGAUAUACUUUCAAAUAAUUUUGGAAACUGCAAAGAUGAAUUCAAUUUUGGUUUCUCAUUUGGACAGGAUCAGAAAUCAUCUCAACCAGGUCUUUUCAAAUUCUUUUAA